UGCGUCAUGACGACAGUCGUUUUAAAAAAGGCCCUUUUCUUAACAGUUGAGUCGUUACGGCGGUCUAGCGGCACGAUAUGUCAGGAAUGGAGCAGCUUUGCAAACUUUUCGUUGGCGGCCUGAACGUCCAAACAACUAACGAUGGCCUCCGCGCUCAUUUUGAACAGUACGGGUCACUAACGGACUGCGUGGUUGUCCAAAACGAUCAACUUCAGCGGUCUCGUUGUUUCGGCUUCGUAACCUACUCCUCCGCAGAGGAGGCUGAUGCCGCAAUGGCCGCCAGGCCACAUGUGGUAGACGGUAAAACCGUAGAGCUGAAGAGAGCCGUGGCUCGGGAAGACGCUGGAAAGCCCGAAGCUCUCGCCAAGGUCAAGAAGAUAUUCGUCGGGGGCUUAAAAGAGGACAUCGAGGAGAACACCCUCACCGAUUAUUUCUCUCAGUUCGGCAUGAUCGAGAAAUCCGAAGUUAUCACAGACAAAGACACCGGCAAGAAGCGUGGGUUCGGCUUUGUCCACUUCGAAGAUAACGACUCGGCCGACAAAGCCGUCGUGCUCAAGUUCCACAUGAUCAACGGACACAAAGUGGAGGUGAAGAAAGCGCUCACGAAACAAGAGAUCCAGGCCGCCGGCGGAGCUCGGGGCGGCAGGGGGAGAGGAGGAGGAAGAGGUAUGGGGCGGAAUCAAAAUGGCUUCGGCGGCGGGAGAGGAGGCUACGGCGGCUACGGGGGUGGCUAUGGUGGAGGCUACGGCGGCAGUGAUGGCGGCUACGGCGGCGGCUAUGGAAGCGGAGGCUAUGGAGGAGGAUACGGGGGUGGAUACGGAGGAGGCUACGGCGAACAGAUGGGAGGCUAUGGCGGUGGUAACGGUUACAGUGACUUUGGCAGCGGAUACGGCCAGCAGUCCUCCGGCUACGGGCCCAUGAAGGGUGGAAACACGUACGCCGGCAGAAGCGGAGCCCCUUACUCCCGUGGCGGCGGUUCUGGUUACGGCAGGGGUGGCUACGGAGGCUACUAAAGCGGGUUGGGAAAGUCUCGGAAAGCUGUCCCCCUAGAUUCUCUCGGUUUCCACGUUGGGCUCAUUCACCCGGCCAUGCAAGAGAUGGCGGACACUGUGAAAGCAUACCUUAAAGACCUCAAUUCUUCACAGGGAACCUGUUCAGUACCUGGGUGCGAUUGUGAUAGGACUGAAAUAUCUCAUUAGGAUAUCAUCCUGCGAUCUAGGCAACCUUGGAUGCUGGACUCUGCCCACAUCAACUGUGGCCAUGGAGUUUGGUUAUCUACACAAUACACAGAGUAAUUAUGAUUUUAAUAAUGGACUGGAGAAAUGAUGACGACAGAAUUUUGUCUUUUUUCUUUUUUUAUCUUUUUAUAAAUAUCUGUAUACAUUUUAAUAAAAAAAAGUUUGUUAAAAUGAUUCUUUUGUGUGUGUGUGUGAGAGAUUAAUUAGAGAUGGAUUUGUCACGUCCAAUAGAUUUGAAGAAUCACAUUUAAAUUAGACAUGUAUAACAUGCAAACAGCUCUUUCUACAGCAGAUACACAGUAAUGAGUAUUUAUGCAUUGUGAUGAUGCAGGCACUCUAAUGUUGGUAUGCAUUUUAGAAUAAACACUAUCACAAAAA